CCACCACACACAAUGCACGCUGCCUUGCUCACCUUUGCCAGUCUGGCUGCUUCAGCUAUAGCCGUUAUCCCUCCUACCAAGAUGGGGUGUCUGACUACGCCGCCUAGCACCAUUCAGAAGGAAGUUCACCAGAACCUUGCAUUGAUGGAAGCUGCUGCGGCCAGCUCCGUCAAUGCUCUGGUGGCCCGGGCCACCGUCUACGUCCCGACGUAUGUGCACGUUGUGUCUGCCUCGAACCAGGCCAGCGAUGGUUACCUGAGCUCCUCUACCAUCACCAAGCAAAUGGAGAUGCUUAACCAGUACUUCCAAGGUACCGGAUUCCAAUUCACCCUCGAGAAUACCGACUGGAACGUCAACUCCAACUGGGCCUAUAACAACGACGAGUACGGCAUGAAGAAGACUCUGCGCAAGGGAGACUAUCGAUCCCUCAAUCUCUACUACAUCUCGGACAUUGGCAAUGGUAACACUGGUUUCUGCAAGUACCCAGUGACAACCUCCACUGGCAGCGACGACUUUUACUACGACGGCUGCGUCAUGAGCGCGUGGACCGCGCCAGGUGGCGUCUCUCCUAGCGGCAGCACCAUCUACAGCACAGGCAAGAUCACCGUCCACGAGGUCGGCCACUGGAGCAACUUGAUCCACACGUUUGAAGGCAACGACUGCAACGGCUACGGUGAUUAUGUUGAUGAUACGCCUGCUGAGGCCAGCGCUGCUUAUGGCUGCCAGACGUCCAGAGAUAGCUGCCCGGACCUACCAGGCAACGACCCCGUCACUAACCAUAUGGACUAUUCUGACGAUAACUGCAAAACCCAGUUUACACCAGGUCAGAUUGACCGCAUGGUUUCAAGCUACAACUAUUACCGCCUCAAUUCACAGUAGGCGAUUGGAGGUGGGCAUAUGAGUAGUUUUGACACAUAGUGUCAUGUUAAAGUGUUGAAGCAUUGAAGCGUUAGGAGCAAGAAUCAUUUGUCUGUAACUGUUGUGACUAUUGUGACAUUGGACGUGUGUUACUUUACCAGAGAAGUGAAGGAACAGUUAAGUCACUGGAAGUGGCCAAGGAAGGAGAAAGAAGUGGAAGACACAGGAAAAGGAAGUGAAUACAGGAUGUAUUCGGUGUAUUUAGCUAGAGCAAUUCCGACCAUGGAACUUGAAGAAAACAACAACGAAUUUUAC